AUGGCCCUGAGCCUCCUGGAGGACUGGUGCCGCGGGCUGGGCGUGGACGUGCGCCGGGCGCUGCUGGUCACCGGUAUCCCCGAGGGCCUGGAGCAGGCGGCCGUCGAGGCGGUCCUGCAGCCGGCCUUCCUGGCCGUGGGCGCGUUCAGGCUGCGCAGCACGAGGCGGGUGAGGAAGGAGAAGGCCAAGGCCGCCCUGGUGGAGUUUGUGGAGGACGUUGACCACGCGGCCAUCCCCCGGGAGAUCCCGGGCCAGAACGGGGUGUGGAGGGUGCUGUGUAAGGACCGUGCAGAGGACCCCCGAGUCCUGAGGCAGAUGAAACGCUUGCUACUGGAUGAGAGGCCCGCGCGCGCCCAAGUGACCAAGGCCCCCGGGGACACGCCUACCCCUCCUGCUCCGGAGACUCUGGCCCAGGGCUUGGAGCAGGCGGCCAGGAAGGCCGGGCCGCCUCCGAGUGCAGCCAGGAAGGCUAGGAGGGGCCGGAGGGGCCGAGGAAGUAGAGCCAGAGGCAACAGGGGCAAGAAGAGGGGCCGAGGAGGGCGGCCGUCCACCUUGGUGAGGAGCGAGUCUGAGGAUUCUUCCGACGAGAGCCUGGGCAUCGUCAUCGAGGAGAUUGAGGAGGACGAAGACGAGGACCAGAGAGCGCUGUACGCCACGCUCCAGGCCGCCGCCAAGGAGCUCGUUAAGAAGUGGGCGGUCCAGAACGGUGCUGAGGAGGGAGAUGGGCCUCGCGAGUUCUUGGCCCUGGUGACCGUGACAGACAAAGCCAAGAAGGAGGAGACAGAGAAAGAGCCGCCGUCGGCCGAGUCCACCAACUUGGACAUCAAAGAAGACAGGAAUGGUGUCCCCGACUUGGUGGCGCUCCUGGCCGUGAGAGAAACAUCGGAUGAGGAGCCCGUGGACAGUGACACUUCCGAAAGCGAGUCCCAGGACACCGAGGACCAAGAAACAGAGGAGGCGGACAACCCGGAGUUUGUGGCCAUCGUGGCCUACACUGACCCCUCAGACCCCUCUGCCCGGGAGGAGAUGUUAAAAAUCGCAUCUGUGGUCGAGUCGCUGGGCUGGAGUGACAAGAAGGACAAAAAGGAGGCUCUUUCUGAGGUCUUGUCUGUCAUGUCCAAGGACACGUCUGGCACCCGCGUGAAGGUGGAGGAGGCUGGUCGAGAGGUGGACGCCAUGGUCCUGCGGAAAGCCGAAGACAACGGGAACCUUUUGGAAUGCAUCUCCACCUUGGCCGAGCCGGAGACCCCUUCCAAGGGGAAGAAGGCCCCACGUGGCUUCCUCAGCGGCUGGGGCGGUGAUGAUGAAGAUGAGGGGGGCCUCCUGGAACUGGUGGCACUCCUGGCCGCACAAGACAUGGCGGAGGUGAUGAAGGAGGGAAAAGGAAGCGCCUGGGAAUGCGAGAAGUACAGAUACGCCAAAGGCAACCUGGGCGAGGUCUUGGCGCUCCUGGCUGCGCGGGAGAUCGUCGAAUCGGAGGAGGAGUCGGACGAGGAGUCGGCGUCUGAGCAGGAGGAGGAGGAUGAAGAGUCCGAGGGGUCUGAGGACACGGAGAGCGAGGAGUCCGGGCCCGAGGAGAGGGCGUCCAGGAAGCCACGGGCCAAGAGGGCGCGCACGGCGGCCCGGAGCCUGGGCCAGACCGGCGCGUCCGCCUCCGCCACCCCCACCCCCACCCCCGCCGGGGCUCGCAAACCCCGAGCAGGGCGCCGAGCAGGGGGCCGAGGCCGCGGCCGGGUCUCCACUCCCGAGAAGAAGGCCGGGGAUGGCGCAGGGAGCAAAAAGAAGCAGGCGAAUCCUGCCUCGGGGCCCCACGCGAAGGCGGGCGAGGCCAAGGGUCAGCCGCCCACCGGCGCCGGGUCUGCCCGCGGGAAGAAGGCGCGUCGGGGCCGCAGGCUGCCCCGCAAGUGCCGCUAG